AUGCACAUAAUUAGGGUUACCAGUUUGGUGGUACUCCUAGUAUGCUGUUACACAAAUGGGAAAAGUAUUUUCCGAAAAAGGAAAAUUAUUUAUGGUUCUUCCCAUUUGCUAAAUGCCCCUGAUGAUGAAGCGACCAAGUUGCCCUCCCUGAACAAUUUAAAAACAAAGGAAUCGCACAGCAGCAACGACGACGGUGAUGAGUAUGUGAAGGGUAGCUACUAUGUCGAGAAGGGAGGCAAGAAUAAUGUGAGGGACGUGAAAAAUGGGUCCUUCAUUCUUUUAAGUGAGAAGGUGAAAGAUAUUCCCCCUGAGGAGGAAGAUGAGGAGGCGCAUGGCGACGACAAUGCUGACCAUGUGAAUAACAACGUGGAUUCACAUAACAAUAUCGAUCAUGAGAACAGUAGCGAGGACAGCAGCGAGAGCGAGCACAGUGACCACGAGGAGGAGCACGAUGACGACGACAUGCACCAUAACCACAUGUACGCCAAUGGCGCCUCCACGGCCCUUCCGCCUCCACCCCCGCCUGUGAUGCAUCACCCCCCACCUCCACCCAUGACCCCCUCGGGCAUCGUCGGCCACGUCGUGUCAAACGUCUUCACCGCUGGGUUGAAGUUGUUUGGCGUGCCGUAG